AUGGAAGGUUUGAUUCCAUUUGUAUACAAGGCAGUAGUACAAUAUAGGAAUGGGGGUCGACAAGCUUCAAAUAUGGGUAAUUCAUCAUGGUACAGCGAAUCAUCAAUAUCAACAUCUUACAUGAGGCUUCCUACAGAUGGUGGUGAAUCGGGGCGUUUUCAAGAUACUAAUCAAGUUGAACUAUUCUCGUCGAAUUCCAUGGUUGUUACUGCCACUUCCGCUGUUCAAUCACCUCUUGUUUCUCGUCGACUUGUAUCUUCUUCGUGGCAAUGA